AUGGGAAAUCGAUCGUCGUCAGUGCAACCUGCAGGGCCUCCACCGCUCCUCACGGCGGCAGUAAUGGGAGACUUGAGCAAGUUUCAAGAAGAAUGGAAUGGAGCCGAUUCGGUGCAAGUCUUGGAUCGUCAAGACAACAACGUGCUGCAUGCCUUGUUCAGUUGUCGUGGCCGAGAAGGAGCCCAAUGCCAAGAAAUUUUGAAUCAAAUCCAUGCCUCUCUAUCGACAAAAGCUCAAAUUCAGAAUGCGUAUCAAGCGAAAAAUAGUCUUGGUUGUACGCCACUCUGGAUCCUUGUAGCCUAUGGGAAUGUCGACUUGUUAAAGCACGUCCAAGAGAAAUUCGCCGCCAUCGAUUCCAGCGUGUUGUUUCAGGACAUGCUGCGAGUGCCCAACCACCAAGGCGAUUCGCCCUUUUUGGCAACGUGUUCCAUGGGAAAUACCGACAUGAUUCGAUUUUUAAAGCAAGUCAUUUUGACACCCGAACAAUUCACUACCGCCUUGACCGCGUCCAACCAAAAGGGAACCACUCCACUCCAAAUUAUUGUGGGAAACAGUCAUUUGACACUGCUCCAAUUGGUACUACAAGAAGGCGACUCCUCCGUGGAAAAGCAACUGAUGCAACUCAACGCCGCUGGUUUGUCGUUAUUUCACAUUUGCUCGGAACGAAAUGCCCACGAUGCCCUGCAAGCCUUGUUGUCUUUUAUGAUUGACAACAAGGCAGCAGACGACAAGAAGAGUGACGUAGAGACUCUCGAGCAAGUCCUUGCAUUAAAAGACAAGAAUGGGGCCAAUACUAUCCAUGUGGCGGCAUUCUGUGGGAACAAGGAAACCGUGCAGCUAUGGAUUACUGUCAUUCAAAAAGCUUGUGCUACUAACGACAACAAAACCAACGCCGUGGACCUGUUGGACAAGAUGGAUGGACAGGCACGAACGCCGUAUUGGUUGGCCAUGGUGCAAGGCAAGGAUGCUGUCGGGGCACUUUUGGCGGAUGCGGGUGUUGAUACGGAGCAUCCCAAUAUGGUCAAAGAAAUCAAGGAAGCUCAAGAACAGCGACAGGCACGGCAGCAACAACGACCUCAACCCGUGGAUGGGUCAGCCUUGUUGGGGAGAUAG